AUCAGCAAGUCCGACCGGAAAAACACCCAAAUAAGGUUCGAGGAAGUGAUGACGCGUGCUGGCUGAUCUCCAUAUAUGACGUCAGGCCUCAGAACCUGAUCCGAGCCGUGACGUGUCUCCGGCUUGUUUCCGGUCAUGGCGGCUCUCUGCUCUCCGUUUAUCGGUUGCAGUCCGGUCCGUCAGAUCCGGACCGGGAGUCUGGUGGACUUUACCGGAUCCGUUCACGCUCCAAAAACCAGCAGCAGGAGCCGCGGCGGGGGGCGCUCACCGGGGCUGCACGCGCUCACCACUCUGCCCAAAUAUGGGCUUUCCUCCGCACCAUAUUAGGGAACCUUUCCACCCUCUCAGUGUGGGCUUCCUCCGAGCAGCAGCAGCCCGGACAGAGCGCCUCUCCGUCGGGCUCAUCAGCUCAGUCCUCCCGCAGGAACAAGCUCGGUGUUCCGGAGCUCCACUCCUCCUCCUCCUCCUCCGGAGACAUGGCCGUGUCCGCCCUGCAGGUCUCGAACCCUCUGGCCGGACUCCCGCCGCCCCCCUCCCCGCUGGACGGGUACUACUCGAAGCUUGAGGAGCUGCAGAUGCUGCUGCAGAACGCAGCGGCGGGAGGCUCGCUGCUGGCCGCGUCGGCGGCGGAGGGAGCCGGGCUGCUGAGCGUGGAGCCCGGGGAGUACGGAGACUCUCUGUCAGACCUGGACCUGCACAGCUUCCCCCCUCUGGCCUACAGCGGCCGCUUCAGCUUUGAGCCCGCCUCCAGCGGCGGCCUGUGGGCGGAGCCUCUCCUCAGCCUGUUCACGGGUUUUGUCAGCGUUCCCCCCGCGACAUCGUCGGUGACAUCAUCGGUGAUGUCAUCCCCGCCGAGCUUCAGCUCAGUCCAGAUCAGCUGCGGCUCCAGCGACGUUGCCUCCGUCUUCUCCGCGACUCCGACUUACACGUCCGCCGCCGGCGGCGGCUCCGACCUCCCCCCCCACUCCGCCACCGACUCUCCCCCCCCCACCUACCCGGCCUCCAGGCUUGGCCUUCAGGUGGUGCAGAUGCUCCCCGACUACCUCCUCUCGCACGGCGGCGAGCUCUGCCCGCUCCAGGACCAGAAGCCGGCGAACCCGCCGACGCUCACGCCGCUCUCCACCAUCAAAGCCUUCUCCUCCUCGCAGAUCCAGCCUCGAGGCUCCGCCCACCAGGCCCACCAGGCCCACCAGCUUGCCAAACCGGGCCGGGUCAGGAGGUCCCCCGCCGGUGGACGUAAGUGCAAGACGCCGCUGCACGAGCGCCCGUACGCCUGCCCCGCAGACGGCUGCGAGCGCCGCUUCUCCCGCUCCGACGAGCUUACGCGUCACGUGCGCGUCCACACGGGCCAGAGGCCGUUCCAGUGCCGCAUCUGCAUGCGCAGCUUCAGCCGCAGCGACCACCUGACCACGCACAUCCGCACGCACACCGGCGAGAAGCCGUUCGCCUGCACCGAGUGCGGACGCAAGUUCGCCCGCAGCGACGAGCGCAAGCGGCACGCCAAGAUCCACCAGAAGCACCGGGACCGCAAGACCUCCUCCUGCUGCUCCUCCUCCUCUGCUCCCAUCUCCUCCCCUUGCUCCUCCUACUCCUCCCCCUCCCCCGACCCCGCCACCUCCCUCUUCCACUCCCCCUGCUUCACCUCCUCACAGUCCUCCCACCUCUACUCCUCCUCCUGCUCCUCUCCGGUGGGGAGUCCUCAGUCGGAGCUCCUCAGCUCCAGCGUCUGCUGACAGACAGGAAGUCUCGGACUGAACUCUGAACCUUUAAAACCAAACUCGCGUAUCUGACCGGAUGUCUGAUAUUUGUGGGCGAGGUCAGCACCUGAUUGGAUGUUUUUACUCACUGGCUACUGGUUAUAUUUGAGCCUUUUCAGCCACCGUACAGGAAGACAUGAACUAAAACCUCCUCGUACUGAACUUCAGAGGGAAAAGUGCUGAGAUAAGGAGAGAGAAUGUUACCUGAAUGUACAGAGACGUCGUUGAUGAUGAGUGUACAUAUGAGUACAUGUAGCACAUGAACACGUACCUACUGAGUAGGUUUCUGGGACGUUUACAUGAUUUUAUACUGAACGUGUUUCCUCUUAGAGAUACAAGAAUAAAAUGUCAGAAACAC